AUGGACGGGCCGCAGGAGUCGACGCUGCGGAAGUGCUGGAUGAGGAGCCGUUGGAGCCAGUUGGGGAGGCUGGAACUGCAGGAGCGGCAUGACGUUGCCUCCCGGCGUAGUCAGAGCUUAGUCACGCAGCAGGCACGAGGCUCAUUUGAUGAUCCUCUGGCAGAAACAGAACCGACACAGCCUGUCGUGGUCAUUACAAACAAGCAUAUAGAAGAUGCAUACAAAGCACUAGCCACCAAGCCAAAGGAUCCUAACGCUAUUGUUGCCCCCUCCAGCGACGAAUCAGCGCCGCAGAGAUUCCUCCAUGAAAACAAGCCAGCCUACAUCCAACCCCAAUGCAGUACCCCAAAUGCCAACAGCCCCAAAGCGAAGCGUAAUGUCUCCACCUUCAGCUCCCUCCCCAUCUCCGUCCAAGACCUCCAUUUGCUCUCUGACAACCCAUCAUCCUCUUCCUCGAACAACAAUGAAAAUGGUAUCGUUAUCCACGAAGCUCCUAUCCAGAGCUAUGGAUUACAAUCAACCCCGCUCUCGCUAGAAAAUGUGCUGAUAACACCCGGCGCAUCGCUAGCGAAUUGCCUAGUAUUCUACGGCCUGUACGAUCGUGGCGAUCAUGUCAUAUUCCAAUAUCCUACGUAUCAGCAACUGUAUACGCAGCCUGCAGCGUUGGGGGCGGAUGUAAGUCUGUGGAAGACGAAGGGGGAGGAUAAGUGGCGGCCGGACAUUGAGGAGCUGAGCGUGGGAUGA